CCCACAAACACUAGCAGGACAUAUAUUCAAGAAUCAUCUCAGAAAGCCCACAAGAUACAAAAUAUAUGUACAUGCCUUCAUCAUCAUCAGCUUCCAACUAUUCAAGCCCGCCAUGCGCGGCCUGCAAGCUACUGAGGCGAAAAUGCACCCCAGACUGCAUUUUCGCCUCGUACUUUCCACCAGAGGAGCCCCAGAAGUUCGCCAACGUCCACAAGAUCUUUGGCGCCAGCAACGUCGGCAAGCUCCUGAACGACAUCCCGCCUCACCAGAGGCAGGACGCCGUCAACUCCCUCGCUUACGAGGCGGAGGCGCGGGCCCGGGACCCGGUCUACGGGUGCGUGGGGGCCAUCUCCAUGCUCCAGCGACAAGUGCUCCUCCUCCAGAAAGAGCUCGACGAAGCCAACGCCGACAUCAUGCGGUACACCACCGCCUCCGCCGGCGGCCGGGCCCACCUGCCGCCUGCCGGAGUAAUGGGAGUUCUCAACCAACCAAAUGCUGCCGCGCAACCGCCGGCUUUUGAUCACCGCCGGGACAGGGGGUCUCACGCCGGCGGCGUUCAGGACGUGAAUAAUAACCGUCAAACUUAUGGGAUGCCUUCAUUUCCGGCCGUUGACCACUCGUUGUCUUCGUUCGAUCACUCCGAGGUGGUUGAUGAUGACAUAUAAUAUGUGUAAUGCGUAUAAUUUAUAAUCAAAUUUGUAAUGGAAA